AUGCCCAUCCAUUUGAUCGCAGCCAUCUCGAAGGCUUAUUAUCAAACGUUUCUAUUAUGCUCCCGCUUUCGAACACUACAGAGGUGUCGCUGGUCUGUUAGUCUGAUGGACACCGUCGUCGCUUCAUAUGCCGAGAAUCUCCCUCAAAUCUACGCCCUCUUCGCCAAAACUCUCCAGGAUCCCAAAAGUCUCGAAGUCCGUGUGACCACCGUCCAAGCCCUCGGUCGAGUUGCCGAGUACAUCGAAGUUGAUGAGGAAGCUUCCAUUAAAGGAUUUGACACUUUGGAAACGCUCUUGAUCAUCGAAGUCCCUCUGAUCAAUGCUCAUUUCACCCAAGUUGUCGAAUUCAACGCUACCAUCGGCAACAAUAAGUCACUCGACGAAUCCCAACGAAUAAUGACCCUCAACAGUCUUCUUUGGACCAUCAAGUUCAAGAAGAGCAAGAUAGCUUCGAUGGACUUGAUUAAACCUAUCGUCGACUUUUUGAUCACCAUUGGUGCCGAAGAUGAGCCCGAGGACCCUGAAGAUGAUUCGGUGGCUAGAACAGCCUUCCGAUGUCUCGAUGCCCUCUCUACCUCCCUCUCUCCCCAAGCUGUCUUCCCAGCACUCUACUCUCGAAUCCAAGAAUGCUUCCGCAGUACCGAUCCCACCUUACGUAAGGCUGCCGUUAUGGCUCUUGGAGUUACUGUCGAAGGCUGCUCUUUGUUCAUUCAGCCACACAUCGAACAGCUAUGGCCCUUCAUCGACACAGGUUUGGAAGAUAGCGACCCCCGUGUCCGACGGGCCGCCUGUACCGCUUUGUCCUGCAUAUGCGAGAUGCUGGUAGAUGAAUGUGCCAGUCAACACCAAAUUCUCGUUCCCCGGGUUUCCGCUUUACUCAAUGACCCUGCUUGCCAGAGGAACGCAAUGACAUCUCUCGAUGGUCUCUUAGAAGUGCUUGACGACCAAACGAUAGGGCUCUACCUGUCUUGUGCCUAUGAUCGAUUCCGCUCCUCCGAAGCUCAAGGGCACUGUGGUCGGUGCGAUUGGCUCCGCCGCUUACGCCGCAAAAGGCGCAUUCGAGCCUUACUUCGACGCGAGGGAGACAAGCAGGAGUUGCGGGGUGUCGCUCAAGACACUGUCGGUACUUUGUCUUCUGCUGUCGGCAAGGAAAAAUUCAGACCUUUCCUGGAUGGCUGUCUUAACAUUGCUUUCGAGGCGAUCGAAUUGAAUAGCCCAAGUCUACGUGAAUGUUCGAUGAUUUUGACGCCCGAUCUGGAGAAAUUUUAUCCUUCCUCACUUCUAGAAACUGGCUGGGAUAUCAUCUUUUUUUGGGUAGCCAAAAUGACGAUUCUCGGUGUCAAACUUACCGGGAAAAUGCCGUUCAGUGAAGUGUUUUGCCAUGCGAUGAUUCGGUAUGCUCACGGAAGGAAGAUGUCGAAAAGUAAAGGAAACGUGAUCGAUCCGAUCAAUGUGAUUGAUGGAAUCACACUUGAUGCGCUGGCUAAUCAAUUGCAAACUGGAAAUCUCGAUGAAAAGGAAUUGAAAACCGCUCUCGCUGGUCAAAAGGCAGAUUUCGGUAAAACUAACGGAAUCCCACCUUGUGGUGCUGAUGCCUUACGAUUUGCGCUCUGCGCUUAUACAUCUUCUGGCCGUUCAAUCAAUCUCGAUGUUCUUUGUGUUGAAGGUUAUCGGAAAUUCUGUAACAAGCUCUGGAAUGCGACCAGAUUUGCUCUAUUGAAACUAGAUGAUGGCUUCACCCCUCGAUCCUCGGCUGAUCCCAAUGGAAAGAAGACUUUAGUCGAAAAGUGGAUUCUGCACAAGCUAAAUGAAUGCAGUCUGAACGUCAACAAAGCUCUAGAAGACCGCUCGUUCAUGGCAGCCACCUCUGCGGCCCAUGAAUUUUGGCUUUACGACUUGUGUGACGUCUACAUUUUUGUUGCAUAUCUCCCUCGGGUGAUGCCAGCGGUCUUUGCCAGUCUUGGGCAAUCUGAAGAAGAUGAUGGUUCGGUCUUGCCAAGUGAAAUGAUCAAGGGAUUCAAAGCUGCGGACGACGACGAAGACGAGGCUGACAGCGAUUUUGAAGAGUCAUCAGCGACUGGUGAUCUCUCAGAAGUUGAAUCGAACUUGAUUGGCUGUGCAGCCGAUCUAGUGGGCACCUUCGCAACUGUUCUUGGGGCUGAUUUUGCGCAAGCAUUCAAUCAAUUUCUGCCCUGUGUCUCGAAGUACUACGAUCCGUGCUACUCACCGACCAAUUGGAACAACACGAUUGGCUCAUUGGCAGAGGUUAUCAACGGCCUUGGGUCUGCAGUUGGCCCUUUCACCGAGCAACUCCUACCUCUCGGAUUGAAGGCGACCAAGGACGAAGACGUUGAAGUCAGGAGCAAUGCUGCCUCCUUUUUGGGAUCGUUGGCUUAUUGGACUACUGUCGACAUCAGCAGCCAGUAUAUGAGCAUCCUGGAGUGUCUUCAACCCUUGUUCACAGUCCCCGACGACUCGUCCCGCGAGAAGAGUGAACACGCCAAAGACAACGCUGCUGCUGCUUUGCCAUUAGACCUACUCUUACCGGUCUUCUUCGAGGCUUUACCACUCAAACAGGACUUUGCCGAAUCCAGCAAAUGCUUCGAAGCCUUGUUUGAAUUGAUCCAACAGUCACAUCCGUUGGUCCAGACUCACUUUGACCACAUCUUGGCCGUCUUUGCCCAUGUUCCCCAGAACUUGGUGCCCGCUGUUCCUGAAGAAAAGGUGAUGAUUCCUGCCGAAACUCGCAAAAAAUUGGUGGCUCUGUUGCGACAACUCAAUUCCCAAGUCCCCGAUCAACUUGCCGCCCGUGGCUUGACUGGCUACAUCCAAUGA